CACAAUCAUUUCAACUUCCCUUGAAAAAAUGGCCAGUGUUAAGUUUGCAUGCGUGGUGGUGAUGUUGAUGGUGGUGGUGGGUGCACACAGUGCGGAGGGAAUGACGUGUGGGCAAGUUCAGGGUAACCUAGCACAGUGCAUAGGGUUCCUUCAAAAUGGUGGGAUUGUUCCGCCAGCAUGCUGCAACGGGGUGAAGAAUAUCCUUAACAGUGCCAGAACCACCGCCGAUCGCCGCGGCAUUUGUAGCUGCCUGAAGUCUGCUGCUGGGGCCGUUCGUGGUCUCAAUCCCAGUAAUGCUCAGGCUCUCCCUGGGAAGUGUGGGGUCAACAUACCCUGGAAGAUCAGCAGCUCCACCAACUGUAACACCAUCAAUUGAAAGGGAGAAAGAUUUGGAUGAUAAUGGCUAAGGGAAGCCAUGCUUAUACUACAUCUUACUAAAGAGAAUAAAAGGAGGAUAGAUUCUCCAAAGCUUCUUGUUUUGUGUUCUUUAUCCCAGUGUGAAGUUUAUACACUUCCUAUGGUUUUUAUGUGAAGCUUUAUAAAUUGAAUAAAGAAAGUUUGAUGUGAAAAAACUCAACACUCGGUUGUUUUUUUUCGUUGUCA